GUCUGACAUUUUUGCCUUUAAAGCGGUCUCAUUUCCAAGCAUAGCCUUAUAAUGUAUACAUUAUUAGAUAGAGAAAAAUAACAAUAAUUAAUAUAUAAUUCUCAAAGAGAGAAUUAUUUAAUAGGUGUUUACUAGACAUCAAGUUACAAAAUGAUGUCAAGUAUCCUGUUUCUCGUCCGACAAGUAAAAUAAUGGCAUCCAUUUAGCCACGUAGAAGCAGAACGAAAAGUCGUCUGAAAAAGGGAAGACCAUUGUUUUGGGGUGUCCUGCCUUGGACGCAUGAAUUGUAUUCAACCUUUUCAACUGGACAAACGGGAAGAAAAUGUUUUGAAAGGAUUUUAGCUACACCCUGAGACUACCAUCUCCCUUCCAUGGGCUCCAGUGCAACAUCCAUUUGAUUCUGUAUGCAAAUGGUAAACCACAAAGCAGUAGUUGCUGAGAUGGAGACAACCAAUGGAGAAAACCUUCAGCUAGACAUGAUACCGCAGUCCAAAGUGGAUGGUGCUUAUCCUGUGGAGAAUGAUGCUCAGCUACUGAAGAAAGGGCUGGAGAAGCCGACAAUAUCGAGGGAUGUUGUUAAUGGUUCUUUCAAAGCAGACGUGGUGCCUAAUGGAGAACAAGUGGCACAGGGCCCGGGGCCAGGCGCUGGAGGGGACGGCCGUCCAAAUAGCCCCCUGCCGCCUCCAUCGCCCCCUGCUCAGGGCACCAGCCCCACCGUCAGCCGCCAGUCCAAAGAGCCAUCCCAAGGUGUGGCCGCUUUCCCACCAGCCAUGCUAGAGAAGUCUGAGGGAACUAAUGCUGAGGGCCCUGUUCACAAGGGCGACGCAUUGCAGUCGCUCAGACUGAGUAUGCCUAUGCAGGAGACUGAAUUGUCUGUCAAAGAGACAUCACUGGAGAUGGAGAUGGAGAAUGAGGAGAAGAUCCGCCAUGAUGCUCGGCGACGCCUGGAGGAGCAGCUCAAACAGUACAGGGUGCAGAGGCACAAGGAGACGUCCCACCGCUCUACCUUAAAGAGCUGCACUGGAUUCAGCACUCUGGACCCAGACCUCAUGAUGCACCCAGAGGCUCUCCCCCGGGCCAGCACCACCUCAAUGACCACAGAGUACUCCUUCCUGCGGACCAGCGUCCCCCGAGGCCCAAAGCUGGGCAGCCUGGGCAUCCCCCCAGCCAAGGAGAGGAAGUCACGGUCAACCCGCCCCAGCAAGAUCCACUCCCUGGCCGACUACAAGACUCCCGAGCCAGCAGGGGGCACUAGUGGUGGUGGUGGGGUCAGGACGUCUGCAGACUCUUCCAUGGGCUCCCUGGGGUCCAACUUGAGCUCUGUGUCCACCCUGUCAGAGGGCAGCAUGAGGUCAGAGGUCAGCUCCACGGAGACAACCUCUUUGGAGGCCCCGCUGGGGUCGUCAAUGUCUUUCCAGGACAUCUCGGAGGUGGACGCCGGCAGCGAGUCAGGGAUGGGUUCAAGGCCCGGUGGGGACGGGAAUGACAGCGACAGCUCGACCUACAGCAGCGUGUCUACCUCCACCAGGGGCACUGGGACCUACGGCAUGCUGGCUGCAGCAGUGAACAGGCAGAGGGGCGGGAACUACACAGUGGAGGGUAGGGAGAUUGCCCCAGAGGCUAUGGGAAACUUCCCUUCGCUGCAAGAGGUUCUGCAGGCUGCCAGUGAUGAGCAGCACCUGCUAGAGCUGGAGCAGGACAGGGAGGAGACUGGAGAACCACACAGCCGCAGGGACAGCUUCUCCAGCAGUGUGUCAUUAGAGAGCUCUGUGAUGGGACAUGAUGAAAUGCUCCAGGUUCUGAAGGAGAAGAUGAGACUGGAGGGCCAGCUAGAGUCUCUGUCUUCUGAGGCCAACCAGGCUCUGAAAGAGAAGACUGAGCUCCAGGCCCAGCUGGCUACAGUCAACGCCCAGCUGCGGGACCAGGUGGAGCAGGCCCAUGCCAGCCAGGAGAAGCAGAGCUCCCUCAACAAGGAGGUGUCCACCCUGCGCCAGAGCUGCUCCCAGCUGGAGAGGGCCAUGGUGGAGCUGCAGGGCAACCUAGAGCGCAAGAACGCCGGCCUUUCGUCACUUGGCAACGACCUGCAGGUGGCCGAGGAGCAGUACCAGAGGCUCAUGGGGAAAGUGGAGGAGAUGCAGCAGAACGUGACCUCCAGGGACAACGCUGUCCAAGAGUUGCGUCAGCAGAUGGGUGGCCUCCAGACUCAGCUCCAGCAGGUCCAACUAGAGCGCAGCACCUUGCAGAGCCGGCUGAAGACCUCCCAGGCCGAGAUUGACUCACUGCAGCAGGUCCGCCAAUGGUACCAGCAGCAGCUAGCGCUGGCCCAGGAGGCUCGGGUCCGGCUCCAGGGUGAAAUGGCCAACAUGCAGGCUGGGCAGAUGACCCAGAUUGGUGUCAUGGAGCACCUAAAGCUGGAGAAUGUGACUCUGUCCCACCAGCUGACAGAAACCCAGCAUCGCUCCAUCAAAGAGAAGGAGCGCAUUGCCGUACAGCUGCAGAGUAUUGAGACUGACAUGAUGACCCAGGAGGCUGCUUACCAGCAGAUCCAGGAUGCCAAGAGCAUGGUGGAGGACGACCUCCAGCACAAGCUGGACGAGUUUGAGGAGGAGCGAGAUCACUUACAGAAACUGGCCAACACAGCCAGCUCUCUGGAGAGGGAACUAGAGCAGAUGAAGGUGACCCUAUCCCAGAAGGACCUGCAGCUGGAGGCCCUCCAGAAGGAGCACCUGGAGCUGAUGAGACAGCUGACAGCCACUCAGGAGAGCCUUCACACCAAAGAGCAGUCCAUCAACCAGCUGGAGGCGCGCUACCUGGAGCUAGAGGCCACGCUGGCAGAGCUGCAGACAGAGACCAACGCCAAGGACGAGAACAUCCAGUACCUGCAGAAUGAGAAGAUUGUGCUGGAGGUGGCCCUCCAGGCGGCCAGGGCUGACAAAUGUCAGCUGGACGAGGGGGCCGAGAGGCUGGGGGAGGAGGUGCUAGUGUCCUCGGACCUCCUGGAUCAGCUCAGGCAGGAGGUCCAGGUCAAAGCCUCACAAAUUGAAACUCUGCAGCAGGAAAACGGCACCCUGAAGAAACAAGCUCAGAAAUUGAAAGAGCAGUUCAUGCAGCAAAAGGUGAUGGUGGAGGCCUAUCGGCGGGACGCCAGUUCCAAGGAGCAGUUGAUCAGCGAGCUGAAGUCCACUAAGAAGCGUCUGGUGUCGGAGGUGAAGGGGCUGAAGCAAGAGUUGCUGGAGGCCCAGGGGGAGAAGCAGAAGGCUGAGCUGGAGCAGAGCCGGCUGCAGAAGGAGGUGGUCCGGGUCUCGCAGCAGAUGAACAGCCUGGAGAACCACCUGCAGUCCGUGCAGACCAAGAGGGAUCAGCUGGAGACACAGAUCCAGUCCCUGCAGUUUGACCAGAGCCAGCUAGCAGCAGUGACGGAGGAGAAUGAGGGCCUGAAGAAACAGGUGGAGCAGAUGCAGUCGGAAGCCAAGAAGGCCAUCUCAGAGCAGAAGGUGAGAAUGAAGCGGCUGGGGACAGAUUUGACCAGCGCGCAAAAGGAGAUGAAGGUCAAACACAAGGCCUAUGAGAACGCAGUGGGCAUCCUGAGUCGCAGGCUCCAAGAAGCCCUGGCCGACAAGGAGACCACCGAGGCAGAGCUGGUCAAACUCAAGGCCCAGGUCUCAGACGGAGGCAACAACCAGGCCCUGCAGGAUAAAAUUGAGGCUCUGCAAAGUGAGCUCCAGGCUGUGAGCCACAGCAAGGCAACGCUGGAGAAAGAGCUUCAGGAGGUCAUCUCCCUCACCAGCACUGAGCUGGAGGAGUACCAGGAGAAAGUCAUGGAGCUUGAGGAUGAGCUGCAGGAGGCACGAUGCUUCAAGAGGCGGAUUAGGAGGCUGGAAGACGCCAACAAGAAGCUAUCCCUGGAGCUGGAACAUGAGAAAGGGAAGUUGACGGGACUAGGGCAGUCCCACAAUGCACUGCGGGAGCAUUCCAAUAUUCUGGAGACCGCCCUAGCCAAGAGAGAGGCAGACCUGGUCCAGCUCAACCUCCAGGUGCAAGCAGUACUAAAACGUAAAGAGGAGGAAGACCAGCAGAUGAAACAGCUGGUCCAGACUCUACAGGUCGCCUUGGAGAAGGAAAAGGCCAAAGUCAAGGACCUGAAAGAGCAGGUGGCAGCAGCCAAGGCAGAGGCUGCCCACAACAGGCGGCACUACCGGGCAGCCAUGCUGGAGCUGUGUGAGAUCAAGAAGGACCUGCAGGCCAAAGAGGAGCUGGUCAAAGCCCUGCACAGCGAGGCACACAAACUACAGGCUCAGGAUGAGAAACACUCUCAGGAGGUCUCCAGGUUCCAGGAGGAGCUGUCAGAGGCCCACUCCCAGCUCCAGAUCCUCCAGAAACAGCUGGAUGAGCAGUUCAGCAAGCAGCCCCUCACCAACCAGGAGGUGGAGGAUUUGAAGUGGGAGGUUGAGCAGAGACAGAGGGAAAUCGAGGCCCAGAGACAGCAGCUGGAGAUGGUGGAGCAGUGCAGCCAGAGGGAGCUGGACAGCCUGCAGACAGCUCUACAGGGCAUUAAGGUGGAACUGGAGUCUGUGCAGGAGGAGCUGAGCAGCACCAGGAAGGAUAAGUUCAUGCUGCAGGCCAAGGUGGGGGAGCUGAGGAACAGCAUGAAGACUGUCCUGCUGCAGAACCAGCAGCUCAAACUGGACCUCAAACAGAACCGCCUCCGGAAGCAGAGGAUGGAGCCAUCAAACCCAUCGAACCCAGUGACCCCGGUGAAGAUCCCAGAAUGCCCUGUGCCUGCCUCCCUGCUGGAUGAGCUGCUCAAGCCCUCCGCCUCCGUCAACAAGGAGCCCCUCAAUAACCUGCACAACUGUCUGCGCCAGCUCAAGCAUGAGAUGGACAGCCUUCAGAAGCAGAUGGAGGAGCACACAGUCACCGUGCACGAGUCCAUGACGUCAUGGACUAACGCAGAGGAGGAACUGGCUCGACUGGGGGUGCCGCUGGACAAUGACUCCACAACAUCCACCCCUCUAAACCAUGUGGACAGUAACAGAGGAGGAGGAGCGGAGGAAGAGGCACAGCCAUCGUAAUGCAGUACCUUCUCAGAUAGACAGAGUGGAGUUUUAUCCACAAGGCCACUUAUUUUUUUACCUCCCUACCUAACCAUUUUCCCCCAUUUCUUAUCAAUUGCUGCCAACAUUUGGCGUUAUUAUCCCAUUAGCACAGACAAUGCUUGGGUAAAGUAAUUUGUACUUAUACCAUUGCUUUACUCUUUAUUUGGACUUUUUCUAUAUUUCUGUUAUGGCUGUCAUUUGUCAUAUUUAUUUAUUUACAGUUCAGGAAUUACAAUAUUGAAUCUUAAAUAACAUUGACAACUCCUCUGUUAGGUGAUUCCUCAGGUCUUCUGCUUUGAAGUCAUAGACCCCAUGUAAGGCCUAUUCUCUUCUGUCUCUCAAACAAUCAAAAUUUGCCAUGGCAACUGACCCUUACCCCAGUUUAAUUAUGGUAGAAGUUUGUUUGCUAAUACUGGUACUUUUGAUAUACUUUGUCAUGCUCCAGUUAGAUAAGUGAGACAGUUUAAAGCCUGCAGAAAGUGUCUGCCAUUGUUGUUAUAAGCUAUAUUGUUAGGAACACACACUGCAGUGACAGACCCCUCUGAACUGUGAAUGAGAGCCAGUCAUUCCAUAAACUUGAAUUCCAAAUCAAUCCCUAGUCCCCCCACUUAGACAUUACUGUAGAUCUGAAAUGAUUGGCUGAGUGAAGCAAUUUGGCAAAACAUUCCACCAAGCCUAUAAGAAGGCACUGUGAAGCAGUAACCAUACUACACCUAUUCAAUCCUCUCAGGUCUACACAAGUGUGUAGGGUGUAGGCUAGGGGUUGAUUUGGGAUGUAGAGAGUCAUCUGGUCAAAUGGCCCUAUGGCUUUCCAACUGUUUGUGAUGAAUCACCAUCAAUCUCCUUUUAGUACGCCUCACAUUUCACUUAAUGUUAUUAACAUCAAUCUAUUCGGUUUUUAAUUGCUUCUUGUUGAAAAAGCAGUGUUAGCUUUUUUUUUAAAGCUUUCUAUCGACAUCAUUGUGGGCUCUGCAACUGUGUGGAAACAUUCUUCUCAACUAUGUAUAAAAUUGGGAGUUUGUUUGUUGUCUGACUUGGACUGUAGUAAUGUGUUUUGCAAAGCCUUAAUAAGGAAUAUUUUUUAAAGGCCUAAAUGUUAUGAAUGAAAGUAUCAUUAUUCCUAUUGAUAGUGUGUGUUUGCAAAUCCAAACUGAAUGGUUUAUUGUUAAAUAUUUGGGUAGUCUCAACCGAUGUUGCACAAUUAAUGAGGGCUUCCUGUAACUGACUGAGGGGAAGGUGUAAGAAAACCUUUACGCAAAAUGUUACUAUUUCUUUGAGUGAGAUGCACUCAAAUGUAUUCAUUUUUGUUAUUACUAUGGCUUCAUAUUUCCAGAAAAUGUCCAUCCCUUAAUUGCUUGUUUAAUUUCUUUGAGGUUGGUUUUCUGUCAAGGGAAACUGAUUAUUCUUUGCAGAGGUUAAUAUAUUAUAUAAGAAUAUACUUCCUUUUCUCUACUUCUUCCUAUAAUUUAAUGACUUGAUCAUUAUGUAAUAGUGUGAUGAGCAAAAAAACACAUUUGAGAAUGUUAUAAUAUGCAACCUGUAAAUCAAACAUAUUUAUUCAAACUGACACAAUUGUUGAAAAUCCAAAUGAAGACACAGCAAUGGGCACCAUAACCUACAGCACAUAGUUGUGAUGUAACUGAUGUUGUAUAUGCCAGUAUGCUCAUUUCCAGACAACCUGUAUCAUACCAGUCAAAGUAAAUUGACUAUUUUUAACCACACUGUAAUAACAUGGGUAUUUUCAAAGGAACAACCUGUAGUCAAAGGGAAAGCUAUGUUCAGUUGGCUGUAUCUUCCAAGCUACCGUUCACUGUUAUCUGUAUAUUUUAAUACAUAACAUUUGUUGGUACAUGGAGCUGGGAUACUAGUUCUGUAAAUAAACCUAACUGUAUUUGCUGUUCAA